AUGACUGCUUUCGAUACUGUUUACGAUAAACAUAAUAAAAUAUGGAAGGGUCCCAGUAUUGCACCACUUUACGAUAUUGAACAUCAUUCGAUGGGCACGAUUAUUUUCAAUCAUAUGAAAAUGAAUCCUAGGAAUAUAUUACAGAUCGAUGCCUUUGAUGGAAAAACAGUAACAAGUGGAGAAGUCCUCACCUGGGGCAUACGCAUAGCCAUGCAUUUAAAAAAAUUGCGAAUGCUCAAAGACGAUAUUGUGGGUAUUUCGGCUCGUAACACCACCUAUUUGACACCGCUUGUAUUGGGAUGUCUCUUCAAUUGUAAUCCUCUGCAUGCUGUCAAUCCGAAUUUUCAAGAAGCCGCCAUAACCCACUGCUUUGGCAUCACCAAGCCUCAAAUAAUUUUCUGUGAUGGUCGGGAUUAUGAGAAAAUUCGCAAAGUGACGAAUUCCUUCAAGCCCACAAUUUAUACCCUAUGCGAACACAUUGAGGGUGUGCCAACGGUUAUGGAUCUAUUGGAACCCACAAAAAUGGAACGUUUUUAUCAACCUGAACCCUUGACCUUGGGCGCCGACCAGACCUUUGCCAUUCUGUGCUCUUCGGGUACCACAGGGUUACCAAAAGCAGUUACCUUAUCGUCGCCAAAAAUUAAAGUUGAAUUCACCUCCGCAACGGUGGAUGAUGUCUACUACACCACCAGUGGCAUUGACUGGGCCAGCGGCCUCAUGUCACUGCUACAAAAUUGUUAUGUCGGCACCACUCGUAUUGUUUCCCGAACUCCCUUUAAUGCUGGCGAAUUUGUUGAGCUGGUGAAAAAAUAUAAAAUAACCUCCACAAUAUUGGCUCCCGUUCAAUUGGUCGAACUUGUCGGCUGUCCAACAUUUACCACUGAAAACGUGGCCAGUCUGAAGUUUAUUCUCUUCGGUGGAGGUUAUGUUUCCAAACAACUUGUUCAACAAUUACAAAAAAUAUUACCCCAGUGUGCCAUCUGUAUAAUGUAUGGACUGACGGAGACAGGUGGUGUCACCAUUGAUAUUUGUGAAAAAUACAAUCACUCGGUAGGGAAACUCCUACCCAAUGUCCAGCUGAGAAUUAUGGAUGCUGAUGGCCGCAAUUUGGGUCCCAAUGAAACGGGAGAAAUUCUCGUACACCUACCAUACAACUGGGCGGGAUAUUAUGGCAAUCCCAUUGAGACACAGCGAAUGUAUGAUUCUCUGGGAUGGUAUCACACGGGAGAUUUGGGCUAUAUGGAUGAUUCGGGUUAUCUGUAUAUUGUCGAUCGUAAAAAGGAUAUUUUGAAAUAUAAUGGUCUGCAUUAUUGGCCUGGGGAGAUUGAGAAUGCCAUUCGAGAACUACCUGAUGUUGUGGAUUGUUGUGUGGUGGGCGUAUUCGAUGAGCGUUAUGGUGAUGUGGCGGGUGCCUUGGUAUUAAAGAAAAGUGGAAGUAAUUUAACAUCCGAAAAAAUUGUCGAACAUGUUCGCAAUCGUUUGGUGGAACCUCAAAAGCAACUACAUAAUGGUGUAUUCUUCGUUGACAAAUUGCCACAGAAUAAUAAUGGUAAAAUUCUGAAGCGAGGAGCUAAAGAAGUACUGAAAUCUUUAUUGGAACAAUCGGUAUCGGUAGAUCGUUAA